UCAAGUGCAAAUCUGUGCAUACACACACACACACACAUAUAUACAAAGUGUCCUGCAGGAUAAUUCUCAACGAUAUACAUGCACACUCAAUACAAACGGAUUACAUACAAUUGCCAUAGCUUGCCAUAAGAAUUUUGUGCGUUUAGUGGAAAUCAAUAGAACCAACUUUACAGAAUUAGCCAUAGCCUAUAGCUGUUAGAUUCAGUUGCAAUAUGGGCGAACUCGAGGAGAAGGAAACGCCACCGACCGAGACGACGGCCACUUUGGAUGAGCCCAAGGAAACCGACAAGAUGUUGGACAGCAAAAAGCAGGACGAGCCUGAGGCCAAAAGCAAGCCGAACAGUCCACAAGUCUCCAAGCCAGCCACACCGGAGCCUGCCAAGGCAGAGGAGAUUAUAGACAUACCCACAGCAAAUGGUGGCGGUGGUGCCACUGUCACUGCACCUGAGGAGAAGAAGAUUAGCAAGGAGGAGCGCGAGGUGAAGCCCAAGAAGAUACCCAUUGGUGGGCUCAAGCUGCCUGGAUUCUUUAUGAAGAACAAACCCAAGCCCGAUGGCGAUGGCGCUGAAGGCGAGCUGCUGGCCAAGGAGGAGGAGAACAACAAGGAGGCCAAUGGCGAUGCUGCAGCUGCGCCAGUGGCAGAGCAAAAGCCACGCGCCGGCCUGGGGCAGCGACUGCGCAGCUUCUUUGUGCGCAAACCAGCGGCCGAGAAGGAGAAGGACAUUGAAAAGGAGAAGCAGCUGAGCAAUGGCGAUGCAGAUGCCAAGUCGGAAGCCACCGCUGAGGCAGCGCCCGCCGACUCCACAGAUGCGCCGCCUCAAAAGCGCGGACUGCUGAAUGCCAUCAAGCUGCCCAUUGCUAAUAUGAUGCCCAAGAAGAAGUCUGGCGAGGAUGUGGAGCUGGGUCUGGGCAAAGCUGGUCUGGCCUCCAUGGAAACGCUGGAUGAUUCGCUCAAGGAUCAGGACACAGUAGAUCGUGCGCCUGUGAAGAGCAACGGCGCCAGCGAGGAUUUAAAGUCGGAGCUAAAGGAUGAGAAACUGGCCGCUGAGGAGAAACUGGCCGCCGAGCAGGAGCAGCGCGAUCGCCCCGUCUCCUUGUGGUGUCGCCUGCGUGGCUACAAGUGCAGCGUGGAUGAUGCACUCAUCGUGUUCGGCAUACUGCUCUUUGUGCUGCUGCUGGCCGUCAUUGGGUAUGUGCUGACGCACGAGACGAUGAUAUCGCCGCCACUGCGCGAGGGACGCUACAUCUCGGCGGUGACGGGCUGCGGCAUGGUGGAGGGCGUCAAGGAGGAUGGCGCAUUCGCCUUUCGCGGCAUUCCCUAUGCGCGCUCGCCGGUCAAUGAGCUGCGCUGGCGUCCGGCGCAGCUGAUCGAUAGCAUCGAGCACUGCUGGAACGGCACGCUGCAGACGCACAACUCCAGCGUCCUGUGCACGCAGCGUCUGGGCAACGGCACCACUGUGGGCGACGAGGAUUGCCUGUACUUGGAUGUGGUGACGCCGCAUGUGCGCUACACCAGCCCACUGCCUGUGGUGGUGCUCAUUGGAGCGGAGACUUUGGCAGGCCCCUCGCCUGGCAUUCUGCGUCCCUCGGCGCGCUACUCACGCUCCCACGAUGUCAUCUUUGUGCGUCCCAAUUUCCGUUUGGGUGUCUUCGGUUUUCUGGCCGUCGAACCACUGACUAAGGAAACGCAUCCACCCAGCUCGGGCAACUAUGCGCUGAGCGAUAUCAUAGCCGUGCUCAAGUGGAUACAGCUGAACAUUGUGCACUUUGGUGGCGAUGCCAAGUCGGUGACACUGCUGGGACAUCGCGCGGGUGCCACGCUCGUGUCGGCGCUGGUCAACUCACCCAAGCUUGAGGGUCUCUAUACACGUGCCUGGGCCUCCUCGGCCUCGGCCAUCUUCCCAGGCAAGCCGCUGCAGCAUGCCGAGCGUCAGAACGCCGAGGUGAUGCUCACGCUCGACUGCCACGAUGCCGAAUGCCUGCGCAAUGCGUCCAGCGAGCGCGUCUGGAAUGCCAUCCCCGACACCUGGCUGCAGUUCCCCGCCGACUUGCCGCAGCAGCACGAGAAUGGCAGCCGCCAUGAAUGGCUGGUGCUCGAUGGCGAGAUACUGCAGCAGCAUCCCUCAGAGCUAUGGAAGCAGCAGGCACAGUCUGUGCAGCAACAGCCACGCCUAGUGCUCGGCACCACCGCCCACGAGUCGCAUAUACCAAAGCUGCGCGAGCUGCACGCCAAUUGGACCGCCGCGGAGCUGCGCGGCUAUUUGCAAAAGUCGCAGCUGGGCGCUCUGGGCCUCACGGAUGAGAUCACGCAGCGCUACAAUGCCAGCAGCUAUGCCGCCUUGGUGGCCAUCAUUAGCGACAUACGCACCAUUUGCCCGUUGCUCACAAAUGCGCGACUGCAGCCCAGCGUGCCCUUCUAUGUGGUCACCCAGGGUGAGGGCGAGGAUCAGCUGGCCAAUGUGGAUGCCGAUGUACAGGCCAUACUCGGACGCUACGAGCCACACACUGUGGAGCAGCGACGCUUCGUCUCGGCCAUGCAGCAGCUCUUCUACUAUUAUGUGUCCCAUGGCACGGUGCAGACCUUUGAGCCGCCGCGUCGUCGCGUCAUCAUUGUCGGUCAGGAUGCACGCUCCCAAGAGGAUCUCGAGAUAUGCGAUUACUGGAUUAAGAAGGAUAUAGUGCCGCGCUAUGCACGCAUCGAUUAAGCUAUAGAACACACACACACACACACACCAUGACACCCACUUUCCUACACUCCCCACUUCUGUUUUUUGAAAUCUCUCAUCAAAUGUAAAAGUUAAUUUUCAUGCUUCCCCCCUUGACUAAGGAGCCACUUGUCACUCCUACUAACUGCAUAUUGAGUUUUAGCUUAGCCUAAGUGAAUCUAGUGUUUAUAUACGACAAAGCAUAUAAUAUAUAUAUGCAUAUAUAUUAACUGUACAUUUAGUUCUCAUUGUAAGUGCGACAAUUAUUUAAGUUGUAAGAUUUUUCUUUAAGUAAACACGCCUCAAGCCACAAAAACAACAACAACAACAACAACAUCACAGCAGCAGCGAUUUACGAUUUAGUAAAUGCAUUUUCACUUAAUUCACAAUAAUAAAAACAAAACACACAAGUUGUAUUAAAAGAAAAACUUAUACUUGAAAAGUAUUGAUAUUCUAUCAAAUAUGCACACACACACACACACAUGCACGCAACUUAUUGCACACACAUACACACUCUAUACACAUACAUACAUAUACUAUAUAUAGCCCUUAUAUAUACUUAUACAGUUACAAAUUAGCUGCGCAGACCAACGAUCUUUUUUGAUACAAGUUUUUUACAAUCAAAUCAAAUUGACUGCAAGAUCAAAAGCAUUAGUUUUAGUAACAAAAAAAACAAAAGAAGAAGAAGACAAAGCAAGCCACUUUUUAAGACUGUUCUGGGUGUUACAAAUUAUACAUAUACAUAUACUAACUAGCAGUGUUGUAAUUGCAUUCAAAUCAUUUUAUAAAUACAUCAAUUUCACUCAAGCUUUUCAAACAUUUGAUUCAGAUUGGAAACAAUCAGAUUUUUGAAUACUUUAAUUGAAUCUUAAAAUAUGCAUACUGAAUUAUUGGAAACAUGUUGAUAGAUUCAAUUAAAACACUUUACCAUUUUCCAAGUAGUAAAACACAUUUUCCAUAGCUUUAUGUGUUUUAUAUUAUUUGUAAAAGAAAAUAUUUCUCAUCACGAUUACAACAUACAAUAUGUAUUGACAUAUAACUUACGCAGAUUGUUUAGACUGCACAUACAUUAAAGGAUAUUGAAACAUGCACUGGCAUGAAACAUAAUCAAAAGC